GUAUCUGUCUGCUGAAGCCGCUGCCCGCGGAGAUGGUGGCUCUUCUGCUCCUGCUCUUCCUGGUCCCCUUUCUCCUGUACGUGGCUGCGCCCCAGAUCAGAAAGAUGCUAUCCAGUGGGGUGUGUACCUCCAGUACCCAGCUUCCUGGGAAGGUCGUGGUGAUCACGGGAGCCAACACGGGCAUUGGCAAGGAGACAGCCAAAGACCUGGCACAGAGAGGAGCCCGUGUGUACUUAGCUUGCCGGGAUGUGCAGAAGGGGGAAUUGGUAGCCAAAGAGAUCCAAAAUACCACGGGGAACCCGCAGGUGUUGGUGCGGAAGCUGGACCUGGCCGAUACCAAGUCGGUUCGAGCCUUUGCCGAGAACUUCCUAGCAGAGGAGAAGAAGCUGCACAUUCUGAUCAACAAUGCAGGAGUGAUGAUGUGUCCCUACUCCAAGACAGCAGAUGGCUUUGAGAUGCACAUGGGCGUCAACCACUUGGGUCACUUCCUGCUCACUCAUCUGCUCUUAGGGACACUAAAGGAGUCAGCCCCAUCCAGGGUCAUCAAUGUGUCCUCCUUGGCACACCACCUGGGAAGGAUCUACUUCCAUAACCUGCAGGGCGAGAAGUUCUACAGUGCGGGUCUGGCCUAUUGUCACAGCAAGCUAGCCAACAUUCUCUUCACACGGGAGCUGGCCCGGAGGCUGAAAGGCUCUGGCGUGACGGCGUAUUCCGUGCACCCCGGCACGGUCAACUCGGAGCUGAUUCGCCACUCGGCGGCCAUGAGAUGCAUGUGGCGGCUUUUCUCCUUCUUCAUCAAGACCCCCCAGCAGGGAGCCCAGACCAGUCUGUACUGCGCCCUAACAGAAGGGCUCGAGAGUCUCAACGGCAAUCAUUUCAGCGACUGCCAAGUGGCCUGGGUCUCAGCCCAGGCUCGGAAUGAGACGAUAGCAAGGCGGCUGUGGGACGUCAGCUGUGAGCUGCUGGGCCUCCCCACUGAGUGACAGGUGAGACAAAUGCAUCCGGGGAAGACUGCAAGUAGACUGCGUGCAGCGCCCCCUGCCGAGCCGAUUCCCCUCCAAGGCGACCAAAGCCUUGAACACAGAGCGAGCAAAGCUUCCGCAGCCUUCCCUGCUCAGUGACCACUUCAAACCCAAACGCACCCGAGCUGAGCCUUGCACCCGGAGGGCCCCUGCGCAGCCUGGGCUGAACACCACAUGUCGCAGUGACUCGGCUGCAGAACACGGCUCUUCCCUCAUUCUCUU